GCCGUUUCAGUCAAGAGUCCAGGUCGAGAGCCGAACUGGGCAUUGUGCCAUAUUAACCGUGCGCCGCCAAGCCUUUUACCCGGUUAGGCGAGGGUUAGAUUAGAGUCUAACCGGGUAACAUAAAUUCCCCCUUUUGCCUUUCAAUUCCCUGCCUAUCUUGAAACACGUUCUUAGACCGUGGUACUAACAUCUGUGGCUUCCAAAUCUACUGCUAUUUUGUUUAUCCAAAGUCAUGUUGUCCCUGCCUAUUCGCUGGUAUUCUAAGAGGCUAAUCUAGCUUCGCGCUGUCAGCUGAGCUCACGGGCUAAACCUAAGAGAACUUGCUAACACUAGCCCCUAGCAAGAGCAGUACUCCGCAGAAUCUGAAAUGUGAUUGGUGUACCUAGUUACAAUUCGUUUUGUUAACGUGACGUCAUUGCGUUAUUGUUGUAUAAGGGUUUGGAGGAUUCAAUUAAUUGUAAGUCACGUGUACCAAUUGCGUGCCCAUAAGGAAAACAAUAGAGAAGCUUUACCACAACUAUAAAAGUGAUUUCGACGCGGGUGAAGUUAGUAUUCAUUAAAUAAAAAAAUACCGCAGAAAAGUUUUGCAAUAAUAAAAAUGUCGAAAGGCGGUAUCUUAAAAGGCGAAACAAAACAAAGCGUGAAGAAGCGGCAUUCUCUGAUUUCGACAAAGAGCGAAUGGUCAUCUUCAGAUGAAGACGAAGGUGCACAGCCCCACGAGAAAGCCAUAGCGGCCGGUCAGCCCAACCCACCUUAUUGUGUGAGGAAUAUAGAGCAAAACGCCUUCGGUCGGCGGGAGAUUGAGAUCGCAGAGCAAGAGAUGCCAGGGAUCAUGGCACUGCGUGCCAGAGCCAAGGACGAUAAACCUUUGAAAGAUGCCAAGAUCGUUGGUUGUACGCACAUCAACGCUCAGACAGCGGUUCUGAUUGAAACCCUGGCCGCGUUGGGAGCCACCGUGCGCUGGGCCGCCUGCAACAUUUACAGCACCCAGAACGAAGUGGCCGCCGCCUUAGCGCACGCGGGUUACGCGAUAUUCGCGUGGCGCGGCGAAAGCGAGGAGGCUUUCUGGUGGUGCAUCGACCAGUGCUGCACCCCGACGGCGACGUGGCAGCCCAACAUGAUCCUAGACGACGGAGGUGACGCCACGCACCUCAUGCUCAAGAAACACGGAGCCGCCUUCAAGAAUAUCAAAGGUAUAGUAGAGGAGAGCGUGACGGGAGUCCAUCGGCUCUAUCAGCUCAGUAAAGCGGGCAAGCUCUGCGUGCCAGCGAUGAACGUGAAUGACUCUGUGACGAAAACGAAAUUUGAUAAUUUAUAUUCGUGCCGAGAAAGCAUAAUAGACGCGUUAAAACGUAGCACGGACUUGAUGUUUGGCGGCAAACAGUCUGUGGUGUGCGGUUACGGGGAGGUCGGGAAGGGAUGCUGUCAGGCCCUAAAGGCCCUCGGGUGCGUGGUGUACGUCACGGAAAUCGAUCCGAUAUGCGCACUGCAGGCCGCCAUGGACGGCUUCCGGGUCGUCAAACUCAACGAGGUCAUAAGGCAGGUGGAUAUCGUGAUCACGGCGACGGGAAAUAAAGGCGUGGUGACGCGGGAGCACAUGGAGAGGAUGAAGAAUGGCUGCGUGGUGUGCAACAUGGGCCACAGCAACACCGAGAUCGACGUGUACGCCCUAAAGACCCCAGACUUACUGUGGGAGAGGGUCCGCAGCCAGGUGGACCACAUAAUAUGGCCGAACGGCAAACGCAUCGUGCUGCUGGCCGAAGGGAGACUAGCGAACCUCUGCUGCUCCUCCUUACCCUCGUUCGUGGUGUCCGUGACCGCGGCCACCCAGGCCCUGGCCCUCAUCGAGCUGUACAACGCGCCCAACCAGAGGUACAAGCGAUGGACUCGUGACCAGUCGCGUAGAGACCCAGAGACGCGAGAAGCCGAUGUUUAUUUACUACCGAAGAAAAUGGAUGAAUACGUCGCCAGCCUCCACCUGCCGACCUUCGACGCUCAUCUCACCGAGUUAACGGACGAGCAAGCGAAAUACCUCGGUCUCAACAAAGUCGGCCCGUUCAAACCUAAUUACUAUAGAUACUAAUAGUUAGUGUGGUUUUUUGUUUGUAUACGCGGGUAGCGUUUACGAUUUCGAUGGCGAUUUGCUCGUUUGAGCUCUGAAGCUUGUAUACAGGGCGAUUUGCUCCGAAGCCUUUAUACAGGGUGUGUUUUAUUUGACACGAAGGCCGGAUAUUCGUAUAUAGAGAUCGAGUCUUCAGCGUGGUAUCUCAAGGUGGGUUCAUUAUCGUUUCUACAUUUAUAAGUCCCCUAAAUACCCACUUAAAACUAUACUGGUGGUAGGACCUCUUGUGAGUCCGCGCGGGUAGGUAUCACCGCCCUGCCUAUUUCCGCCGUGAAGCAGUAAUUCGUUUC